CGUGAUGGUUCGUUGAGCUCGUCGGAUGACGGUGAUUGCGAUGCGCCUAGUGCUUCAAGCGCGGCACAUCACGCCACCACCCUUGCACAUCGUAUAUUGUCGCCGGUGCCUACCGCCAAUAUUGAUAAUAAUAGCGCUGAGAAAUCCCUAAAAGCAGGCGGCAUAAAGUAG